ACCCUCCCCAUCUCUUUCGCUACUUCUAUACUGGUGGACGGAGUGGUGGUUUUAGGCGGUUUCCCUCUUUGUUUCAGAGCGACGAUUUGGAGCAACAAUUCAAAGUUCGGUCCAAACCGCUAGGGCUGAGGACUGUGCGACUGCUACUAGUGGUUUUCGGCCAUCGUUAGACUCCGAGUUGGUGGUUUUUGGCGGCGCUUCUUUACAACAGACACAAUAGCUAUCAAGUGAUCACUUGAUCUAACUUCUUUUUGAGAUCCUUCUUCAUCAUCUCUCACAAAAGCCAACACACGAACAAGCUACUAGCUUGUACACAUUAUAUAGAGUCUUGUAUAUGUUGUCUUUAGUCUUCCAAUGUCACAUUGCUAUCAAUUAUUUGUGCUUUGGAGUUUUUUUAUCAGAAACCUUUACAGCAAUUAAUCACGGAUACGACUUCCACAUCCCAUAUGCCACCAUUUUUCCAAGAUCCUCAGAUGCAAGUGUACCCUCACCAUCACUUUCUUCGCUAAAAUAUACCUUCUUGUAUGAUUUUAGAGAGCUUGCAUUAGCCGAUACACCAGAUGUAUUGACUCUGGUCUACACACACAUCCUUGAUCAUCAACCUUGUCAUGUUGAGAAACUACAUACUGAACCUUGGAAUUCUGCUGGUACUGCCAUCAACAAGAUCGGUCUCAUCAUUGCUAUCUUUUUGUCACCUGAUAUUCUUGAUGAUAGGGACGAUACAACGUUACAAAAUUUGCCACGUGAUAUCCUUGAUGAUGGCGACAAUGAUGAUGACGCUGGUGACGAUGGUGACUAUGACGAUGGUGAUGAUGGCUACGAUGGUGAUGGUGGCAACGACGACGGUGACGACUUUGAGGGUGGUGGUGACGACUUAGAGGGUGGUGGUGAAGGUGAUGGGAGACAAUUCAUACAAAGCAACGGGAAAAAGUUUGUAUACCAAAGAUACAUAUACGUGUAAAGGAAAUACUUGAACAAUGUCUUAAUGGAGAUUGGGUCAAGUUUAAAAAGAUCCCCCAAAACAUAAAGACACGCAUGUUUGACCGCUUCCGGACUAUGUAUAGAUGGGAUCCAAAAGCACAUCAGAGCAUACGUCAUUCAUUUAUUUGCGUGCUCAAGGAUCGAUUAAGAGGCAUAAUGAGCGAUAUGAGGAAAAGUUCUAAAAAGAAAGCCUUAAACGCGAGGGAACGUAUUCCCGAUGAAGGAUACAAUUUUGAGAUACAAUGCAAAUAUCCGCCCGAUAUAGUGCCUCGUAGGAAAUGGGAAUGUAUGUGUAUGUCUUGGAACACUGAAGAUGGGAAAAGAAGUACAAAGCAGGGAGAGAAAACCGCAAGAAUGACUUAUGUCGUCAUACAGACGGGUCAAUGGGGUAUGACGAACACCGCCGCAACUUGGAAAAAAAUAAAGGGUAAAAAUGUUGGAUUCGCGGAAGUAUUACUUCAUACCCACGCCACCAAAGAGUGUAAAAAGAGAUUACAUGAUGGGGAGAUCAAUGCAAAUGACUAUGAUAAGUUAGAGUUUGUUACUGAUCGUUCAAAACGUUCAUAUGUCUCCUACAUGAAAAAACUUGAAGGGGUGUAUGGGAACACAGAUUGCGAUGAUAUGGAAGUGUGGGAGAGUCUGCAUCCCGAGUGUCAGGGCCACCAGUUGUUCGGAGUGGGAUCUUCUGAUCCACAUUUUGUGCUGACUGGAACAACAUCUUCCAUAGCUAGUAUUCUAGAUGCCCGGCAAUCACAUGAGCUCCAAAAAGUUCAAGCAGAACUAGAAAAGGAACGAGAGGCUCGACAAAACAUAGAAGUCCGUUUUGAGCAAUUUGAAUAAGAGCGGGAACAAGAAAGGGUUGAACGUGAACCAGAACGGGAACAAGAACGUGUUGAACGUGAACGAGAGCGGACCGAACAUGCUCGAUGGCCAAAAAAACAUGGAAGCAAAGUUUAAUAAAUUCGGAAAAAAAGAUUUUUUUUGUGUAUGUUAAAGAUCGUGUUAGUUUUGUU